UAGCUCAACACAUCCUAAUUCCAGCCGGCGCUGCGCUUUUAAUUCCUUUGAGCUUCAUCCCAAUUCCUUGGAGAUUGAACAUUCUGCGAAACCCUGCUUCCCUCGCCAGCGAUCUCUACGUAGAGAGGAGAUAUGAGUGUCGGAGUCAUGGUGGGCGUUCUCGGGGGUCUUCUCUUCGCCCAUGCUGCUUACUUAACCAUUCAGUAUAGAGCCAUGCUCAAGAUCAUGGAGGAGGAGUUUUCCGGUCCUCCCACCAAUGUCGUGAUUGAAUUGCUUCUGGGAUUGGUACUUUGUAUGGUUGCGGGGCUUGCGGUUCCGGGGAAGUUCCACUCAAUACUGCCUGACUCGGAAGAGAACAGGGUUGUCUCAUUGCCGUCAAAUCUGGACUUUAUGAUCUUCAAUCAUCGUGGCAAGCUGUCUCCUUUUGAUCCCGAGCUCAAGUUGAAAACUUAAACUGCCUUCGAUCCGGAAGCGUAUUUCUUGCCAUUGUCCUCUAUCCAAAAGAACAAAAUUUUAAGAGAGAUUUUAGCAUAUCUUCUCCUCUUUAUUAUUGGUGUUACCAAAACUGCGAAGAGUUAGUUCAUUGUAACCUUCAAACUGACAAUACUUUUGUUUAUCUUAUUAAUUAUUUUCC